AUGGACAACUCGCUGUGGAUGAUUCACCAUGGACAAUUCGGUGUUGGACAACUGACAAUGGACAACUCACCGUGGACAACUUGCGGUAGCCAACUUGCUGUGGGACAACUCGCCAAGGUCAACUUACAACAGGACAAGAGUCACAGAUUGAUCUGGCGGAGCGUGGAAGCGCAACUGUCCAGGCGUGAAGUUUCUGGGCUCUCAAGGAAUGACAGCAGCACGGUUCCUCAGAAACGAGAUCCUAGUGUCCUCAGCGAUCAGGUAUCUGGACUUCCAUCUCAUAGUUCUUCCUCUACCACAGUAUCUUUAUACAGGGAAAGAAGAUUCCGUAACAUAUUCUGUGAUUCAUCAAAUUUAGGUUUAUUUGCGUGCUUCAAUGGAGGUGAAUGUGUACAUUGGAAAAUGUGCAACUGUAGUCGAUAUAAUGCAACUGGAUCAAGAUGUCAGAUAGUACAUAACAUGGGAACAGAACGAGACAACAUUUGUCGAACAUGGGGACAAUAUCAUUAUGAAACCUUUGAUGGACUUUACUAUUUUUUCUCUGGGAAAUCAACAUAUGUUCUUGUCAGGCAGAAUGAAUUAGAUGAACAGAGUUUUUCCAUACAAAUCCAUAAUGAUCCAGAAUGCAGUUCUUUUCCAUAUUCCUGUAAACGAUCAGUUAGUUUAUAUUUUUCUGGAGAAGAAGAAAUCAGAUUAAGUAAUGAAGUUACUUACAAAGGCAUUGGAAUACAAUUACCGUAUACCAUAGGAAAAUUGCAUAUCCAAAAAGUAGCUGGAUAUGUCAUUGUUAGACAUCAGUAUGCAUUCUCUUUAGCUUGGGAUGGAGUAUCUGCUGUUUAUAUUAAGAUGGCUCCAGAUUAUUUGGGUAAAACUCAUGGACUGUGUGGUAAUAACAAUGCCAUUCUACAGGAUGAACUUUCCACAAGUUACGGAAAAAAUACAGAAGACAUUGAAGAAUUUGUGGAAAGCUGGAGAGAAAUCCUCCCCAGGAGAACAUCCGUUCCUGGCACAUCAUUUAGCUAUGAACCACCCUGUUUGACUCGAACUGAUGCAUUUUUGCAGAGGACUUACACAUUAUGCAGUGUAUUGCUCUGGUUCCCCUUUAAAGAAUGUCGAAUUGUGAGCCCAUUCCCUUUCAUGGCCAGUUGCACAAAUGAUUUAUGCAUGUCAGGCAUUGAUAAUACCACUUGGUGUCGUGCAUUAACCGAAUACGCAAGGACUUGUGCUCAAGCAGAACCACUCCAUGAAUGGCGGGCUCAUUUUGAGCAAUGUGUUGUUAAAUGCGAGGAGCAUCUUGUCUACAAUGAAUGCAUUGACUGUUGCCCAUUUUCCUCGCCAAAAAACUCACUGUGUGACAGUGAACUUCCCUGUGUUGGAUGCUAUUGCCCAGAUGGCCUUAUUUAUGAAGACAGAUUAUGUGUGAGGCCAAUUGACUGCCCUUGUGAUUACCAUGGAACUAUCCACAGAACUGGUGCAGUUGUUAAGUAGGAAUGCAAUAACUGUACAUGUUCUGGAGGAAAAUGGAUUUGCACUAAUCUACCUGUCCAGUGCUCAGUUUCAGGAGAUAUUCACUUCAUGACAUUUGAUGGGCGCAAGUUUACUUUUCAAGCACCCUGCCAGUAUAUCUUGGCAAAAAGUCUCUCUGACAAAUUUGCUGUGACUCUACAAAAUGCUCCUUGUGGACAGAAUCAUGAUGGAACUUGUAUCCAAUCGAUCAGUCUUAUUUUCAGUCAAGAUUUUAGGAGGCAAGUAACUCUGACCCAUUCAGGAGAUGUUUUGGUACAUGAUCAAUAUAAAGUUAAUCUACCAUAUAUUGAUGAUUCCUUUGAAAUUAGAAAACUUUCCUCUGUAUUACAAAUUAAAUCAUACAUUGGAUUACAAAUACUUUAUGACUGGAAAGGUUUAAGACUCUAUCUUGAAGCUGAUGCUCAAUGGAAAGAUGACACGAUUGGCCUCUGUGGAACUUUCAAUGGAAAUACUCAGGAUGAUUUUUUAUCUCCAGUUGGAGUGCCAGAAACUACACCUCAGCUUUUUGGAAAUUCCUGGAAAACAUCAUCAUCCUGUAGUCCUGGAUAUGACAGUUCAUCAAUAGAUCCUUGUGAUGUUCAUUUACAAGCAGCUGCUUAUGCAACAGAAGCUUGCAGCAUCAUUACCAAAGAACUCUUUGCCCCAUGCUAUACCUAUCUGAGUCCUCUCCCCUAUUUUGAACAGUGUAGAAGAGACACCUGCAAAUGUGGGCAGAUCUGUAUGUGUUCCGCUCUCUCCCAUUAUGCCCACCUGUGCCACAGAUUUGGAGUGGAGAUCAAUUUCCGGAGUAGUGUCCUAGAAUGUGCCCUUUCAUGUGAAGAUACAAAGGAAUACAGUACUUGUGUAUCAACCUGUGGUAGAAGCUGCCGAGCAUUCUCCGUGCCAGAGGCAUGCGAUGGUGACUGUGUCGAAGGCUGCACCUGCCCCUCUGGAAUGUAUCUAAACAUCAAAACUGACAGAUGUGUGCCACAAAAUGAAUGCCCUUGCUAUUUUCAUGGUAUUGAUUCCCCUGGAGAAAUAUAAUCACGUUUUGGAAAGUGCCACUGCAGAAAUGGGAUGAUGAACUGUGAAGACAACACUGAUCACGUUUGCCCUGAAGAGCAAAUCUAUGUUAAUUGUAGCAAUUCACCAAUUAUGGAACUUGGCAGGGAGAGAACCUGUGAUCAACUGCUAAAUAUUACUAUGUCUGCACAACUUCCUUGUUUUUCUGGAUGCAUGUGUCCCACUGGUCUUUUUAAGUAUGGUGAUAUGUGCUUCAAGCCAAAUGAAUGCCCAUGUACCUGGAAAGGCAAAGAAUAUUUUCCUGGGGACAAAGUAAUUUCUUCUUGCCAUACCUGCAUCUGCAGUCAUGGCUCAUUUAAAUGCAAUUUCCAUCCAUGCCCAUCAAUGUGUACUACAUAUGGAGAUCGCCACUAUAGAACCUUUGAUGGCCUGUCUUUUGAUUAUGUUGGAAACUGUAAGGUUUACAUGGUUAAGAGUUCCUCAAUUACUAGUUUCUCAGUCAUCAUAGAAAAUGUGAACUGCUUUAACAUUGGAAUCAUUUGCAGAAAGUAUGUUUCCAUUAACGUAGGGAAAACGUUCAUAAUAUUUGAUGAUGACACCGGAGAUCCGAGUCAUCUGAGUUACAUAGAUAAACUGCAGCAAGUGUAUAUAUGGAAGGCUGGAUUUUUCACCAUUGUUCAUUUUCCUAAUGAACACAUCACAGUAACGUGGGAUCAAAGAACAACUGUUCAUGUCGAGACAGGGCCUCAGUGGCAGGGUGAGCUGACUGGAUUAUGUGGAAAUUUUGACUCCAAAACAAUAAAUGAAAUGAGAACUCCAGAAAAUUUUGAGUUAACAAAUGCACAAGAAUUUGGAAGCAGUUGGGCAGUUGUUGAGUGUGUUGACAGCUCUGAUAUUCGGCAUCCCUGCAUUUUAAACCCACUCAGAGAAGCAUUUGCAAAGAAAGAAUGUGGAAUACUGCUAAGUGAAAUAUUUGAGUCAUGCCAUCCAGUGGUUGAUGUCACUUGGUUUUAUUCAAACUGUUUGAUUGACACAUGUGGUUGUAACCAGGGAGGGGAUUGUGAAUGUUUCUGUACAAGUGUUUCAGCCUAUGCUCAUCAAUGUUGUCAACAAGGAGUUACAGUAGACUGGAGAUCUCCUAGACUAUGUCCAUAUGAUUGUGAAUAUAUCAACAAAGUUCUGGGAAAAGGUCCUUACAAAUUGGUUAGCUACUUGGAUGGAAAAACUAUAAUCGCAGCAAAACUGCAGGAUGGUUCUGUUUUCCCAGCAAGAGAAGAUGACUUAGCUUCGGAGGAUGCUUUAACCUUCAUGCUAACAUCACCGCUGUAUAAGCCCAAAGCACAUGAUCCACACCUGGUUUCACUGGAAGCAGCUGACAGACCAAAUUAUUUUCUUUAUUUAGCUUCUAAUAAUACCCUUGUUCUUUCCAAGUGGGAGAGAAAUGAACGUUUUCAGAACAGGUCAACAUUUGCCAUUCACAAAAACACAUGGUUCUCAGGAUAUAGUUCUUUUGAAUCAUUUGCCAUACCAGGAGUGUUCAUCCACAUUUCAGCUUCCUCUGUGACUGUCGUUAAAUAUCAUCACUCUGAGGCAUUCAGACUCUCUACACUUUUUAAACUUGUAGAUAGCAAAUUUAAGUUUUUAUCCCGCUCAACCUGUGAAUGGCGCUAUGAUGCUUGUUCAAGUCCUUGUUUCAAGACAUGCAGAGAUCCUUUGGCAAAACAUUGUCAGACAGUUCCAAAAGUGGAAGGAUGUGUUCCUAUGUGUCCUUUGAAUUUGGUGCUGGAUGAACUCACUCAAAGAUGUGUUUAUUUUGAAGACUGCAUUGAAUCAACAGCUGAAGUUCAAAUCCUACCAUCCACUUUAAAGACGCACACAGCUUUUGGGGCUCUUCAAUCUUCUGCUGCAGUUCUGAGUAAAGAAAUAGCUUUUUCUGUGACCCCAGCAUCAAAACUUAGAGAAACAACACCUUCAUCCAAACAGCAAUUCAAUUCAACCAUUGAAAAAGCUAAACUUUCAACAUUUUCUUUGCCCAAUAUUACUUUAGCUACAUCAGCGCUUUUAGUUCAAUUAGCUUUUAAUACAAGUGCAUUGCCAGGAUUUCCACAAUUUGUAACUGAUUUUAGCCCCACAUCUGUAGUUCCUUCAUCAGCAACUGAUGUAGUUACUUUGGAUACUUUGCAGACAAGCAGUAGGACAAGCUUUUCGAUCCCCUCAGCAUCUACAAUCACUGAAGCAGAAAGUAAAUUAGCAGCUACUUCAACUUCAGUUGUGACUCCAUCAAGUAUUACAGAGGAUAAAUCAUUAGACAUAUCUAGAUUAGUUUCACAAAUAAAAGUGAUAGGUGCUCAGAGUUUCCCUACAGAGGACAUAGAACGAAAACUUCAAAACAUUACAGAAAGUCAAACAUCAUCUAUAGAAACAUCAAAAACAGACCAUACUAGUCAGUUUUUUACCAAAGCAACAUUGCCAUCUUUGGAAAUACCUUCCCAUUUGCCAACAUCAAGACAAACAACUCAAACCAAAACUAAGCCAAGAGUAACUGAACCAACUCUAAUAAUUACCAAUGGUACUAAAACUUCAUUUGCUCCUUUAUUUACUAUUUUAAAAACCACAAAACCAGUUCUGGAACCACGUUCUUCAGAAACAUCAAAGACAACUGUUCCUUUAAUCAAAGAACAACUUAAAAGUACUAUUAUUCCAAUAACUCCAGUGCCAACAGAGCUUCCCCACACAUUCUUGACACAUCCAAGUGUUUUAGUUUCUACUAUUAAAAAGGAAAUACCACAAACAACAACAAAUGUUACAUAUCUAACAAGUUCAUAUUUUUCUUUGUACACACCUAUAAUAUCAAAACCUCAAGUUUUUACUUCUAAACUUCCUGGAAAAACGGAUAUAUUUUCUCCUACUACAAUAGUGUCCAAAAAAUAUUUACAAACAGAGCAGUCGCUGUUUCUACAGCCAAACAUGACAAAGCCUGCAACGGCUUCAUCUUAUAAAGUAACACCUUUGUCUACAAUAGUAACCUCUAAAACCUCAACUUCAUCUGAAUCAUCAAUUCCAGUCUCCCAGGAAAUAUCUACAGAACACAAAAUACCUUUGCUCCUGAAAACUACAAAGAAAAGUAUUCCAGAUUUUGUUGGUGUUACAAAAUUGAAAACAGAAUCUGCAUUUAUAGAAGAAGUCGUAGCCACUGUUGUCCCAGCUCCAUUGGUUACUAAAAAGAUAGAAUCAGUUGGAACAACCAGAUAUCCAUUUAUUCAGCAUGCUGUUACUGAUACAGACAAAGCAACAGAAUAUAUUAGUAAAAAAGAGUUAGAAAAAACUACCAGUUUAUAUACAGGAAAACCGUCCACUUCUUACCUUCCAAUGUCCCUUUCUACAGUUAUAACGUCAAAGAUAGACACUGGUCCUUCAUCACCUGAAAUUCAGGUUCCUGUGACUGCUGCUAUUCAUCCAACUACUUCAAAGACCACCUUCAGGACGGUAUCACCAAGCACAAUAGCUUUAAGGUCAACUCCAGAAUUAACAGUAAAAGAAUCUAGGGUUACUUUAUUUCCAUUUACUGAACUUAGCAGCAGGUCACCAACUGAAGUGGCGUCAAUCAAAGAAAUAUCAACCUUGCUUUCUUCAGCUACUCUUUCUGUGACAACAUUUCCUCCCAUAAUCUCUCUAGUGAACAAAACAUCUUCUUUGUUUACUUCAACACAAAAGAUAACUGUAGUACCAACUACUGCAAAACCGUCAGUUGAGACAACAAAAUCAUCUGUAACUUCCAAGAUUGCCACUUCCUUUGUCCGUACAUCUCCAUCAGAAAGCAUUUCUACCCAUGUAAAAGACAAAUCUGUUCCUCCAUAUCUUAUAACACAAACAAGAGGGAAGCAUGAUUCUUUACUAGCUUCUAAAGUUUAUUUAACUACAAAAGGAACUUCUAUGGCAUAUCAGUUUCCAGUUGAACAGACAAGUAUUUAUCCCCAAAGUACUUUAAGUACAACAGAGUCAGUCAAAGUAGCAGUGCCGUCUGUCUUCCAAAGUACUUCACAUCCAUUUGUUACUCCUUCAGUUGCUUCACUCACUUCUUUAUUUUCACCCCAAAUCCCACUUGUAACUGAUAAAGAAGCAACCCAACAAAUAAUAGAGUCCUUUCCUACCGAGAAAUCCAAGACCCUUUUGCCCACCACAAAGCAAGCAUUAACUUCUUCUCAGUCAUCUACAGAAUCCAGCACUUUGUUUCAUGUGUCAAAAUCAACUUCACCAUCACUAUUUAUAUUGGAAGCACCAGAAACUUCAAUUGUGAGUCAAACAGAUUCACAAGAAAGAGUCUUAGCAACACCCGUAUCAACAGCUUUCACAUCCGUAAAGACCAGUGCUACAGAGAAGACAAUAACUUUAUCUAAACCAAUGCUACUUUCCAUUAUUUCUUCUAGUUCAGCACCUAUAGGACUAAGUGGACUCACAACCAAGAGUGUCACAAAAUCAUUAGAAAAAACAGCAGGGACAAAAGAAUCUAUCACAUCUUUAUUUCCAGUACCUUCUGAUAUUUCAGAAACAAAGAGUAUACCUUCCAAAAUACUAGAAGCUGAUGGAGAAAUAUUGGCUACAAAGCUUACUCCAUCACCUUCAAUGAGCAAACAUUCACCAACGUUCUCUGCUCCACUUAGUUCCACUAAUGAAACUGCAACAUCCAAAUCCCCAUUUGUGAAGGAGGCAACAAUAGCAUCAACAAGCUCUUUGCCAAUAUUACCAAUUCAUCCAAAUGCUACAACAGCUACAGCAGCUUCUACCUAUUUAUCAACCAAACCAGUAUAUGAUUCUGGCACAGUAUACGCUGCAAAUUUUACCACUGCUGAAACUAUAUCAGGUACUUCAGCAUCAGUUUUCAUACCACCUGGAGAGGUAGCAACUCAGCCAACGUGUAUACCUGUCACAGAAAAUGACUGCAUAAAACAUAUUUGCUUAGAUGGACAAUUAAUCCAAGUUAACCAAUCACAGUACUGCCCAUACAGUGCAACACAACCCAGCUGUGGAUUUCUUGGACUUGCUGUUCAGAUUAAUGGCGACAAAUGCUGCCCCAAAUGGGAAUGUGCAUGUCGAUGCACUUUUUUCUCUGAUCUGAGCUUCAUCACCUUUGAUGGAUAUCAUGUGGCUUUAUUUAAAGAAGCAUCUUAUAUAAUCAGCCAAACACAAGAUGAAACUAUAAGCAUUCAUGUUGUUGACAACAGAAAUACCAAUAUGGGGAUCUUAACCAAUUCUAAGCUAUGUCUGGCAAUGCUGAAUUUAACAUAUCUGUCUAACCAGAUUAUCAUUGACCGUUUAAGUAGAAAGAUAGUGGUCAAUUCAAAAUAUGCUUGGCCUACUGUUAAAAAAUAUGGUUUUAAAAUUGAGGACACUGGCUUUAUGUAUCUUAUUAAAACCCCAACAAAUACUAAAAUUCAGUGGUUUCAUAAUACUGGGAUGAUGAUAAUUGAACAUAAUGCAACCAGUGAUCAAAAAACAAUGGGAUUGUGUGGUUUCUGUGAUGGAAUUUCAACAAAUGACCUCAUGUUACCUAAUAAUACCAUUGUAAGAACUGCAGCUGCUUCAGUUAUCUUCACAGAUAGCUGGUUGGUGCCAGAUACAUUGAAGUAUAUUGGAGAACCAAGAACCCAUGAGGCUAACUGUUCAGCCAUGAAUUGUUCAUUUUGCUUAAAUAUGUUGUUGAGCCAAACAUUCAGCAGCUGCCAUCCUUAUGUUUCUCCAGCUUCUUUUUGUGAUUUGUGGAUCCAAGACUCUGAAUAUAUUCAGGAUCCAUGUUUAGCACUAUCUGCUUAUGUCGCCAUGUGUAAUAAAUUUAAUAUCUGCAUAGAAUGGAGGAAUUCUAGUUACUGUUCCUUUCCUUGUCCAGAAGGUUUCACUUAUAAGGCUUGUAUACAUCCAUGCCUCACCCCAAGCACUUGUCAGAAUACAGAAUCAACCAUAGAAGAUUCAGACUCUUGCUUGGUGCUCACUGAGGGCUGCACCUGUGCAGAAGGAACCAUCCUUCAUCGAAUUCAUUCAGCUCUCUGCAUCCCGGAAGAGAAAUGUGCCUGCACAGAUCAUUCUGGAGUGCCUCAUGCAGUAGGUGAAAUUUGGAAAACUUCCAGUAGUGAUUGCUGCAUGCAAAAAUGUGUGGACAGUGAUACCAUUACUGCUGUGGAAUACAAUUGCUCUGUUAAUUAUGAUGUCAGAUGCCAGCGCUUUGGGGAAGUGGCUUUAAUUGUCCCUGAUGAUCAGUCCUGUUGUCAUCAGAAAGUCUGCACUUGCAAUCAAAGCCUUUGUGACACCCUAGUUCCUGAAUGCAAAGUCUUAGAGAAAUUGGUAACCUAUUAUCAAGAUAAUUCCUGCUGUCCAAAUUAUACAUGUGAAUGUGAUCCAGAAAAAUGUAAGUCUAUGGAACAAAUUCCCCAGUGCCGAUCAGAUCAGACUUUGGUUGCUGCCCAUGUGGAAGGCACCUGCUGCUUCUCUUAUAUUUGCUCUUGUGGCAUUUGUUCUGAUCGAAUUCCCAUGUGUCAAGAAGGAGAAAGGCUCACUGUGGAUGGCAAUACCACUGACAGAUGUUGCCCUGAUUAUCAGUGUGUCUGUGAAACUUUUCGAUGUCCUGAAUUUAAAUGUAUGUUGGGAAUGUCCUUGAUAGAAGUUUGGAGUCCAGAAAAAUGUUGUCCAUAUCGUAAAUGUGAGUGUGCAUGUAAUACAAUUCCAAAGCCUCAGUGUAAACUGGGAGAGAAAUUGGUCUUAGAUGACAAAUUCCAGAACAACACAGAAGAUGAUUGUCACUGCGCUAAAUAUAAAUGUUCAAAAGACAAAGUAUGUCUGAACAACGAAAGAGGCGUUCUGCUUCCAGGACAAUCCAUUGUUGAACACUCAUCUGGUGGCAUUUGUCACAUUUCAUACUGCACAAGUGUACUUGACCCUGCUACCAAGUUUUAUCGGAUGAAUACUUCCAUCAUUGAUUGUGCAGCAAGGUGCAAAUCUCAUCAAGUAUAUGAACGACCAAAGGAUCUAACAACUUGCUGUGGAAAAUGCAAGAAUGUGUCUUGUGUUCACACAUUCACCAAUGGAACAAUUUCAUACUUUAAGCCUGGUUCAAGUUGGAACUUAAACUGUCUCAAAUAUGAUUGCAUAAAUACACCAGUUGGAUCAGUUCUAAUUACAUCACCCAUCAGCUGUCCACCUUUUAAUGAAACAGAAUGUGUGAAGAUUGGAGGAUACAUUGUCCCAUUCCUUGAAGGAUGUUGCAAAACAUGUAAAGAAGAUGGAAAAUUCUGUAAAAAAGUGACUGUUAGGAUGACAAUACGCAAGAACGAUUGUCGAAGUAACACACCGGUAAACAUUGUUUCCUGUGAUGGAAAAUGUCCUUCUGCAAGCAUCUAUAAUUAUAACAUUAAUACAUAUGCAAGAUUCUGCAAAUGUUGCAGAGAACUGGGACUACAUAGGAGAACUGUACAGUUAUAUUGCAGUGGGAACUCAACCUGGGUCAGCUAUACAAUUCAGGAACCCACAGACUGUUCUUGCCAAUGGUCAUGA